AUGCAAACACAUUACCAGCUCCGCAUUGACCUGGCUGACUUUGAAAACGCUACCGCUUACGCUCAGUACAACACAUUUGGCGUUGGCUUGUACUCGGUUAAUCCAGAAGAAGAUGGAUACCCUCUCACGGUAUUGGACUACUCAGGAAAUGCAGGGGAUUCUUUGGGAAAGCACAGCGGAAUGAAAUUCACCACCAAAGACAUGGACAACGACCACUCCGAGAACAACUGUGCCAGCUUCUACCAUGGAGCCUGGUGGUACCGCAACUGCCACACUUCAAACCUGAAUGGGCAAUAUCUUCGCGGGCACCACGCUUCCUAUGCAGAUGGCAUUGAGUGGUCUUCCUGGACAGGUUGGCAAUAUUCACUCAAGUUCACAGAGAUGAAGAUUCGCCCCUUACGAGAAGACAAGUGA